AUUUCCGAUUUAGGCUGAUGUAAACAAACAUGGCGUGGUUCUGGGUUGUGGUCGCAAGUGGUGUUUCCGUGUCUUUGCUGGUCCUGCGUAGGAUCGUGAACAGUGCGAAAAUAUGUCCAAGUAAGGCAAUGAUGACAGGAAAGACGGUAGUGAUAACGGGUGCUAACUGUGGUAUCGGAAAGUCUACUGCCUCGGAGUUAGCCAAACGAAACGCAAGGGUGAUUUUAGCAUGUAGAGAUGUUGGCAAAGCAACGAAAGCAGUCAACGAAAUCCGACGACGCACGCAAGGCGGGGAGCUGGUUGUAAAGUACCUUGAUCUAGCGUCAGUAGUCUCUAUACAGAAAUUUGCUGAUAGCUUGCAGAAAGAAGAACAAAGAUUAGACGUAUUAAUAAACAACGCUGGAGUCUUCCAAUGUCCGUACACCAAAACCAAAGAUGGUUUUGAGAUGCAGAUGGGUGUUAAUCACAUUGGUCAUUUCUUAUUGACGAAUUUGCUAACAGACAUGUUAAAGAAAUCUGCACCAAGUAGAGUGGUUGUUGUUACGUCAUCUCUUCAUAAGAGAGGAACUAUCGACUUCGAUGACCUCCAAAGUGAGCGGUUUUAUAGCAAGUCUAAGAGCUAUGCCAACAGCAAAUUAGCAAAUGUUCAUUUCUCAAGGGAAUUAAGCCGGCAGUUAUAUGGUAGCAACGUCUCUGUUUAUUGCGUGCACCCAGGAAUGGUAAUGUCUAACGUCAGCAGACAUGUGGUGCCAGGGUUCAUUAAGUCUCUAUUAACACCAUUGGCUCUCCUGCUUGGUGCACGCACAAAUUUUGAGGGUUGUCAAACAGUUUUAUAUUGCAGUGUUGCUGAAGAAGUAGCAAAUGAAACAGGAAAAUAUUAUGGAAAUUGUAAGAUGGAACCAUGGCAUCAAGCAUCAAAUGAUGAUGGUGUUGCUAAAAAGUUGUGGGAAGUCAGCGAGAAAUUGACAAAGUUAGCAUGACACUAUAAUGCAAUAAUUGCCCAUCAGCUUUCAUGUAGUCUUACAUAAUUUAUAUGUCUGUCUAUACAUAAAGUAAGUAAAUUGUUUCAUUCUUUUCAACUAUUUAUGCAAGAAUUACAAAAGAAUUACUAGUACAUCUUGUGUUUAUGUUAGUACAUUUGAUACUGAAUUAAAUAAUACCUGUGAAACAUGCAUUUUCUGCAUUAGUUCUGUUUGUGAUUGUCGUUACCAUACAUGUAUUGUUAUGUUUCUGAGUGGUAAUUGAUUCUAUGAACUUGACUUGCAAUGACAACUGGGUAGCAGAGAGCCCUGAGGUGAUCCAACACUCAAGACAAGACCCUGCAUCUCGGCCAUGAACUUGACUUGCAAUGACAACUGGGUAGCAGAGAGCCCUGAGGUGGACCAACACUCAAGACAAGACCCUGCAUCUCGGCCAUGAACUUGACUUGCAAUGACAACUGGGUAGCAGAGAGCCCUGAGGUGGACCAACACUCAAGACAAGACCCUGCAUCUCGGCCAUGAACUUGACUUGCAAUGACAAUUGGGUAGCAGAGAGCCCUGAGGUGGACCAACACUCAAGACAAGACCCUGCAUCUCGGCCAUGAACUUGACUUGCAAUGACAACUGGGUAGCAAAAAGCCCUGAGGUGGACCAACACUCAAGACAAGACCCUGCAUCUCGGCCAUGAACUUGACUUGCAAUGACAACUGGGUAGCAGAGAGCCCUGAGGUGACCCAACACUCAAGACAAGACCCUGCAUCUCGCCCAAAAUAGAAUAGAUAUAAUCGGGAUGAUUGUUCCCAACAUUUGUCUGCCUAAGAACUGGCCACAGUGAUGUAGUUGGAACAGUUGUAGAGUACUGUGUUAUAAUUAAAAUCAUGAGGAUAAGAAGAAGCAUUGGCAUGGAUAGACAACCUUUUUUACACUUUAGCCAGGUUAGUCUUGGAGGAUUUAACUUCUUUGCAAAGCAUACAUAACUUAUGACCUUUCAGUGAAAAUUCCAUUUCAUUUUACAAGCCUAGCAUUACUCUGCCUUAGAAACAUAUAUAUAUGUAUAAUAUGUAUCAUAAAUGAUGUAUUCGCC